AUGGCGCUAGCUGCUUCAACUCCUACUGCAGGGUCUCCACCCCUCGAUGAUCCAACCCCAUAUAGACGUCUGGUUGGGUCCCUAAUGUAUCUACUAAUCACUCAUCCGGAUCUGGCUUUUUCUGUGAAUCGACUGUGUCAAUUCAUGCAUACACCAACACAGGACAAUUGGGCGUCACUCAAACGGGUGUUGCGCUAUGUGCAAGGCACGCAGAGUCUGGGACUUCGUCUCACACAGUCAUCUUCUCCGGUUGUGCAUGCCUUUUCUGACUCCGAUUGGGCGGGAUGUUCUCUGGAUCUAAAAUCCACCGCUGGCUACGCCGUGUUUCUAGGCCCGAAUCUUGUCUCUUGGACGUCUAGGAAGCAACGGACUGUCGCACGCUCUUCUACCGAAGCCGAGUACAAGUCUCUCGCCGACGUUGCUGCCGAAGUCACCUGGGUCCAGUCCUUGCUACGCGAACUUGGUUUGCUUUCCCCGACUAUCCCGGUAUUCUGGUGCGACAACUUAGGUGCAACAUACCUGUGUGCUAAUCCGGUGUUUCAUGCCCGGACAAAGCACGUUGAAGUCGAUUAUCACUUCGUGCGAGAUAAAGUGUCAACGGGAGCUCUAAAAGUGAACUUCGUCUCCACCAAUGACCAGCUCGCCGACAUCUUCACUAAGCCUCUCUCCUCAGCUCGCUUUGGUGAUCUACGGUGCAAGCUUGGCGUGGUCCCGUGUCCCGCUUCAGCUUGA